UUCUUUCACUUGCAAAAAAAAAAAAAAAAUGGCUGAGGCUGUGGUUGGAGGAGCAUUUCUCUCUUCUUUUCUCCAGGUUUUGUUUGACAGGAUGGCAUCGCAUGAAGUACUAGAGUUCUUCAGCCGAUGGAAGCUUAGUAAAAAACCACUGAUGAGGUUGAAGACUUCAUUAUUAUUUAUCAAUGCAGUCCUCAAUGAUGCAGAGGAGAAGCAGAUAAAUAACCCAGUUGUCAAAGACUGGGUUAACGAGCUAAAAGAUGCUGCCUAUCAAGCUCAGGACUUGCUGGAUGAGAUUGCGACUGAUGCCUCGCGCUACAAGUUGGAAGCUGAACUGAAGAGUAAGGUACAACUCUUCAACUUGACUUCUCAUAGUUGUUUUUACAAGGAAAUAGAACUUUAGUUAGAAGAGAUUUUAGGCAGACUAAAAUUUCUUGCAAAGCAAAGAGACUUCCUUGGUCUUAAAGAAAGUAGUGGUGGUGAGAAACCUUCACCAAAAAGGCCGACGACGUCUUUGGUAGAAGAAUCUGCUGUAUACGGUAGAGAUGGAGAUUCGGAGGCCAUAAUUGAAUUGUUGCUAGAAGAUGAUGGCGGUGGUUAUAACAUAAGUGUUAUUCCCAUAGUGGGCAUGGGUGGCGUAGGCAAGACCACACUUGCUCAGCUUCUAUAUAACAAGAAGUUGGUGGUGGAGAAUUUUGAUGUCAGAGCAUGGGUUUGUGUUUCACAAGAAUUUGAUUUGCUUAGGAUCACAAGAACUAUUCUUGAGGCAGUGAGUUCCUCGACAGGAGAUACUAACGACCUAGACCUACUCCAAGUUAGGUUGAACAAGAGUCUUGUGGGAAAGAAAUUUCUGAUUGUGUUAGAUGAUAUUUGGAAUGAGAAUUACUUGGAUUGGGAGGUCUUACGAACCCCUUUCAAAUCUGGGGCUAAGGGAAGUAAGGUAAUCUUAACAACACGUAAUGAAACUGUUGCGUCAGUUGCACGCACAGUUCAAACUUAUCAUCUAAAGCCUUUAACGGAUGAAGAUUGUUGGUUAUUAUUUGCAAAACAUGCAUUUGGCAACAGAGAAUCUAAGGCGUAUCCGAACUUGGAACUAAUUGGAAAGGAAAUAGUGCAAAAGUGCAAUGGCUUGCCUUUAGCAGCAAAAACUCUUGGCGGUCUCUUACGGUUGAAGUUGGAUCCUAAGGAAUGGGUUAAGAUUGUGGAGAGCAAUAUAUGGAAUUUCUCAGAUUGUGAAAGUAAUAUUCUUCCAGCUCUCAGAUUGAGUUACCUCUAUCUACCUUCACAUCUCAAACCAUGCUUUGCCUAUUGUUCAAUAUUUCCGAAAAACUAUAAAUUUAGAAAGGAGGAAUUAGUGCUGUUAUGGAUGGCAGAAGAUUUUUUAUUGCAUCCUAAAAGAGAGAAUUUGGAAGAAGUAGGUGUUGAGUACUUCAAUGAUCUAGUAUCUAGGUCAUUUUUUCGGCGGACAAGUGGUAGGAGUUCAUGCUAUGCUAUGCAUGAUCUUUUGAAUGAUUUAGCUCUCUUUGUCUCUGGAGAAUUUUGUUUUAGAAUGGAGGCUGACAAUUCAUAUGACUUGUCGGGAAAGACUCGCUAUUUUUCAUAUUCUAGAAGGAAGUUUGAUGCCUAUGAGAAAUUUGAAGCCUUUCAUGGAGCCAAGGGUUUGCGAAGCUUUCUACCUUCAAGUGCGUCAUUGCAGUCAGCGUGCUUAGGUACUAAAGUUGUACUCCACUUAUUACCAGAAUUGAGAAGCUUAAGGGUACUAUCUCUAUCUAAGUACUGGAAUUUGACAAUUCUACCAGACUCAAUUGGUAAUUUAAAACAUUUACGAUAUUUGGACCUUUCUCGCACUGCAAUCAAAGUAUUACCUGAUUCAGUGUGUACUUUAUAUAAUUUGCAAACAUUACUUCUGUCAUUUUGUUAUUCUCUCACUGAGUUGCCUGCCAACAUGGGAUGGCUAGUUAACUUGCGUCAUCUUGAUAUUAGUGAAACAAACUUGAUAGAAAUGCCAAUGCUAAUGGGUAGAUUGAAAAGUCUCCAAACACUAACUUCUUUUAUUUUGGGCAAAAAGGGUGGCUCUGGCAUCAAAGAGUUGGGGGAGUUUCAGCAACUUAAGGGAAGCCUUUCUGUUUUGAAGCUAGAAAAUGUUGUUGAUGCUAGAGAUGCUUUAGAGGCCAAUUUGAAGGAUAAGUUGCAACUUAAUGAAUUGAUAUUAAAGUGGGGUGGGGAUACAAAUGACUCCAAAAAAGAUCGAGAUAUACUAGACCACUUGCAACCUCAUGCAAACCUGAGAAGGCUUACCAUUGAAAAUUAUGGUGGCACAAUACUUUCAGACUGGUUAGGACAUGCAUCCUGCAAUAUCGUAUCGGUCCAAAUUCGAAAUUGUAAGUAUUGCCUCUUCUUGCCACCAUUUGGUCAACUGCCCUCUCUGCAGAACCUCUCUAUUGAGGGAUUAGAUGGAGUGGUGACUAUUGGUUCAGAGUUUUAUGGGACUGUUGGUUCUGAAAGCAAGCCGUUUGCAUCGCUCCAAACUUUGCGCUUCAAGAACAUGUUGCAAUUGCAGGAAUGGCUUCCUUUCAGAGAUGACAAUGGAGGUGCAGUAGCUUUCCCUCGUCUCCGACAGCUUUUUAUACAAAAUUGUUGUAACCUGACUAAGGGUCUUCCGGAUAGCCUUUUUUCUUUAAAGGCACUUGUGAUUGAAAAAUGUCAGCAGCUUGUUGCUUCACUUCCACGUGUACCAGUCAUCCAUGAAUUGAAGUUACAGUAUUGCAAUGAAGUGUUGUUGAAUGAACUACCACCUCAAGUGCUAAAGUUCACAAUUAGUGGAUAUGAUGCCUCGGUGUCUUUACCUAUGGGUAACAACCACUGCCUUGAGGAGUUAGAUAUCUCUGAUUGUCCAUCUCUCAGGUUGCUUCCUAGUAUUGGCGAAGCCGAUGCACUAAAAUCACUUAGUGUCAACAACUGUGGGAACUUAGUGUUUCCGAUGCACCGAUGCUAUCCAUCCCUUGAGAGUUUGUGCAUAAGAAGCAGUUUCGAUUCUCUUGUGUCCUUCCCAUUGGAACUAUUUCCAAAGCUGAAUCAUCUUGAUAUCCACGGAUGUCAGAAUCUUCAUUCUUUUUCAUUUUCAAAUCAAGGACGGCUUCAGCAUCUCUUAUCUCUCAGAAGCUUACAAAUCAGUAACUGUUCCAAUUUUGUAUCCUUUCCCGAAGAGGGACUGCCUGCCCCCAACCUGACCUUGUUCCGUGCUGAUCACUGUAAUAAUUUGAAGGCGCUUCCUGGCCAGAUGCACACCCUGCUCGCAUCUCUUCAGGAUUUGAGUAUACGUUUUUGUCCAGAACUGGAGUCAUUUCCAGAUGGGGGGUUGCCAUCCAGUUUAAAUUCGCUUGAAAUCCAUUCUUGUGAAAAACUUAUCGCUAGCCGCUUGGGUUGGGGUUUGCAAGCACUGCCUUCUUUGAGAAGCUUCUGUAUCAGGGGUUUUGAAACUUCAGAAUCCUUUCCAGAGAGGGAGCUGCUGCCCUUGUCUCUUACAUCCCUUGAAAUUUGGAAUAAUCUGUUUUUGAAAUCUCUGAAUGGUGAUGAACUUUUACAUCUUAUUGCACUCAAACAUUUGGGGAUUGGCCGCUGCCCAAAUCUUCAUUCCAUGCCCGAAGAUGGUCUGCCAACAUCUCUAUCUUUUCUGAGUGUCACGAAAUGUCCAUUGCUGAAAAAUCGGUGUCUUAGGGAGAAAGGGGAAGACUGGCCCAAGAUAGCUCACGUACCAGUCAUAAAAAUUGAUGGAAAAGUGAUCUAAAUCUGAAGGGCUUAAUUUCUACAGGAACCCCAGCUGUUCAAUAUAUCCAACUUCUUCUCAGGAGAAGCAGCGCUAGUGCUUUGUCUGGUCAGUAGAAAGUCGAUGAUUUUUUGUCUUUAAGCUUGAAGCUUCCUAUUCCUUUCACGUCGAU